UUCAUGUUUUGCUAUAUAUUUAAGAAACAUUCAUAUGAACGUAACGUAACGUUAUGGCGAAGAACAGUGAUUUUAUCGAUUGGGAAGAUUUGGAGUUAGCAGACUUUUUGGGCGAUUUCAGGAGCGACCACAGUUCAUCAGAAGACGAGGGUGUUGAAGACGUGGAAGUCGCGGCUAAGAGAAAGCAUACCUGUGACAGUGAGCAGACCGGCCCAUUGUUCAAGUGCCCUCUAUGUGUCAAGACCUACAAGUCUCAGUCAGGUUUCAGAAGUCAUGUUCUGAAGAAGCAUAACAGAAAGGAUCUGAAAGCAGCAGAUCAUCUACAGCUGACAGUAGACCAUGGUGUCGUGCUGAAAGAAGACACAACAAAGCAGCAAACAAGUUGGUUGCCAGAUGAUCUCGAACAAGUUCUUAGAGAAGCUACUUCGGUCACCCUUACCGAGAUGGAAAACAGCCUAUACCACACGAUGCAAGAAUCAGCCCAUGGAUAUCAUAUUGUUUUCCUUGCAAAAAAAAUUAGUGGUCAAUCAAGUGGGGUACUCACAGAGCCACUGUCGACCCAUCUUAAAGAAAUAUUCAGGGACUUUGGCAAAUCCGGAUUCAACAGUUCUGAGCGUGAGGCUUUUUUCAAACAAUUACACAAACUGAAAAUGAACUUUGAUGUACUAGAUUCUGUUGAAGGGGAUAUUUGUGACAGCAGUGAUCUUGGAAAUAGUGAGAGUUUUGUUCCUGUUUUCAUUACAAGUUUCAUUGAUGGUGUUGUCAGUGCUACGAUAAGGCUGCUGUUAGAGAAAUGUGAGGAAGACCAAGAAAAGCAGAAUUCUGAACUGAGCCAACAAGAUCAGAGUGUGCUGCAUCUGAUUGCAGGAUUUUUUAUCUAUUCUGCCAAGAAAAGUGCUAAACAGGACAAGGAGAAGUUGUCAGCAAUAAGCAAGUUAGUGGAGACAUCAGAUUCAAAGAAGGAAAACUUUCUCAUCGAUGUAAGGAAGUGGUCACAUAAAAUUGACAGAGGUGGUCUCCAGCAACCCUGUGACUCCUUCUUUCUCAUUGUCAGACUAUUUGAGACAGAAGCAAGGAAGGCUGUACCCGUGCUUAAAACUGGCAAAAUGGGCAACCAGUCCUUAAGAGAGGCCAUUCUAACCAAUGUUUUGGUGAUUAAGUAUUGGAACUCUCUUGUCGGAGACUCGCACAACAGUAGUCAACUGUUGGAAGAGAUCGUCCAAAGGUUUCUUAAAGUAAGGUCACAUGCAAUGGCAAGAAAACUGGAGCGAGAGGCAAGCAGGGCUUUGAAAGCUAAGAGAGCGCCAAGGAAGAAGUCUAGAUCUCUUCGUGGUUCCAUCAAGGACUAAAAGACACUGCUUUGUUCAGUGACUUUCUGUUUAUGUGACUAUUCAGCUUGAUCAUCAAGUCUUUAUUUUGCACUUAAGAGGCCACAGGCCUGUAGUACAUGUAUACUGACUAUAUUGUUAUUAGGCAGUAGAGAGUACAUUUCUCCUGUGAAGAAAGGCAUGGUAUAGGAACAUCGACAACUUUUCCAGGUGUUCCUUGCUAGGGUAGGUUAAUAGAGAUAUAAAUUUAUAAAUAGUGAUGUACAAAGUAAUAGUUCUUAAUAUACUUAUUUCUUAAAUUGUGGUAGGCUGGACAAACACGAAAAUCAUAAUCAUCUUCAAUUAGAUUCAAGUCACACAUUUCACAUAUUCUAUCGUCUUUUUUUUAUUCCAAUAUAUCCAGUGGUAACUUUCACACCAAGGAAUCUUUUUUAUUGCAUAUAAAUGUACUUUUUCUAGUGUAUCAAAUGUUUGUAGUCCCCAAACCUCAGAGCCAUACAGAAGUAUGGGACUAUUCAGCUAUUUUGAUAUAUGCUUGAAAUGAUAUG